AUGUCGAAUAGAGAGAUAAAGAGUGUGCUGACCAAGACUGUCAACGCCACAAGAACUGAUUGGGCAAAAAAGCUAGAUUAUGCACUUUGGGUCUACAGAACCGCUUUCAAAACACCAAUUGUGGAACUAGAACAUAGAGCUUGGUGGGCAAUGAAACAGCUAAAUCAUGACAUGGAAGCUGCGGGAACAAAUAGAGACACAGAAUUGCAUGAGCUAGACGAGUUCCAAUUUCUUACUUUUGAGAGCACGAGGUUGUACAAGGAAAGAAUGAAGAGGUUGCAUGACAAGAACAUUGUGGAGCGAAAUUUCAAUCCUGGAGACAUGGUGUUGCUUUAUAACUCAAGAUUAAGGCUAUUUCUGGGUAAACUCAAGUCACGAUGGUCUGGACCAUUUCGAGUGGUCGAAGUGUUCCCUUCAGGUGCCGUAGAGAUUGCCUCAAAGAAAGACUCUCAUACAUUUAGAGUCAAUGAGCAAAGAUUGAAACUAUAUGUGGGCAUGGAUGAAUGCAAGGAAGUGUCAGUGAUCCAUAUGACUGAACCUCAGAGGUCGAGCGAACCUUAA